UGGUCACCUAGGGCAUUACCGUGAAACCGUUCCCACUGACGCGAUCAAAGCACUCAGCAAUGAAGCCCUCAUCAGCCUCGCCGACGACACUGGGGUAUGCAGGUGUAGGCUGACACGCAACGCGACAUGAUUGGUGUGUCGUCAUGAGUAUGGUGAUCAGCUUCUUGAGGGCUUCUUGCGGCUCACAUCGUAG